AUGAGUUCCUCGCCGGCAACGCCACGCCGUCAUGAUAUUCGGGUCGACGACAGCGUUUCCUUCCUCAACAGUGACGGCCACAAGAUCGCCUGCAAGUCCUGGAGUGCCGACGGGGCAGAGCCAAGGGCGUUGGUGUUCCUGGCACAUGGCUACGCCGAGCACUGCCACGACCCGGCCUACGACACCCUGGCUCGAGCUUUGGUCCGGAUCGGCUGCUACGUGUUCGCCCACGACCACGUCGGUCACGGAAGGAGCGAUGGUCCACGGGCAACCGUGACGUCAGCCGACGUGUACGUGGAAGACAUCCUGGGUCACGUGGAUCGGGUGCGCGCGAAGUUUCCGGGCAAGCCUGUCUACCUCAUCGGCUACUCCAUGGGCGGCCUUCUCGUCCUGCUGGCUGUACAGCAGCGGCCCGAGGAUUUCGCCGGCGUGGUCCUGCUCUCACCCUUCUUGGGUCUUCAGCAGGUCUCGCGGUUCAAGAUGUCCUCUCGCCCGCGCCGUGGGACGAGUGUUGCCCAACGUUCCCGUGGCCAGGACGGCCGUGGAACAGGCGUGCAGAGACCCUCGCAGGCAGUGGACCGAAUGAAGGACGACCCCCUGCGUUACCGUGGCAACGUCAGUGCCGGCUGGGCUGGCGCCAUGUUCAACGCGCUCGAGGUCGCCCAUUCGAAGGUGGACAGUGUGGAGCUGCCACUUUUCAUUCAGCACGGCUCGGCGGACAAGAUGUGCGAUCCGAAUGCCUCGCGAGAUUUCUUCGAGCGCGUUCCCAGCAAGGACAAGAGCAUCAAGAUCUACAAUGGCGCGUACCACAGCCUGCUGAAGGAGCCCGAAGGCGUCGGAGAGCAAGCGCUGAAGGACAUCGUCGACUGGUGCUCCUGUAGACUCCCCGCUCGGGAGACGCCGCAGUCACCAUGCCUGCCCAGUGAGCACGCAAGCGACGAAGCGACUCUGCCAGCGGUGACUUCGACUGCCUGAAGUUCU